AUAUGCCUUGAAUCCCCGCCCCCCACAGAGCAACGAGUCACGCCAAAUGGCGCAUUAAUAAUACCAGCGCCAAGUUGUGACAACCACUUUUUAGGUGGCAAGUCCUAAGCUAUAAGAGACCCUUCCCUCCCAACAUCACUGGCAGGUACCAGCACUACUCUACUCUUUACUGCGUCUGGUAUCAAAGCAAGCCUUUCAAUAAACACCGCCCACCAUGUCCGCCUCAACCUUCACCAACAAAGUCACCAUCACCCACAUCGGGACCGCCACGGCCAUCCUCGACAUCGACGGCGUGACCUUCCUCACGGACCCCUUCUUCUCCCCCGCCGGCACCACCUUCCCCGCCGAGGCGGGCCACACCCUGCACACCUACGAGGACCCGGCCCUGCGGCCGGACCAGCUCCCGCCCAUCGACGCCGUGCUGCUCAGCCACGAGAACCACCCGGACAACCUGGACGAGCCGGGCCGCCGGCUGCUGGACGGGCGCCGCGUCGUCACCACGCGGGACGGCGCGCGCAACCUGGCGCCGCGCCCGGGCGUGCUCGGCUUCGCCGACUGGCAGGAGCGCGAGGUGCGCAUCGCGGGGAAAGUGUUCACCGUCACGGCCACGCCGUGCACCCACUGGCCUGGUCAUGAGUGCGUGGGGUUUGUGGUGCGCGCUGAGGACUUUGGGGUUGCGCCGGAUGGUAGGCUGAAUGCGGUUUACUUUUCGGGGGAUACCGUGUAUCGGGAUGAUUUGGUUAGGGUGGCGGAUAAGUAUCAUGUUGCUGUGGCGCUGGUGAACCUGGGGAAGGCGACUUUUGAUGGGUUGGAGAUCACGAUGGAUGGCCGGCAGGCGGCGCGGCUGUUCCGGGAUCUGAAGGCUGAUGUCCUUGUGCCGAUGCACUAUGAGUCCUGGGAUCACUUUACACAGAAUGGGGAGGGGCUGUUCAAGGAGUUUGAGGCGGAGGGCGUGUUGGACAGCGUCCGCUGGUUGAAGCCUGGCAAAGCGGUUGAGAUUAACUAGGCGGUGGGGGUUUACGACGAUAACUACGGGCUUGUCAGGUUGGAGGCAAGGGAAAAUGGAAAGUACACAUGUACAGUUAA